AUGCAGCGCGACUACAUUAGAAGCGGCACGUGGGAAGGCAACGCUGAGUACAAGGGAAAUGAUCUCGAGAUAGAGCACGACACCGCUGGUCCCGACAGAUCAAGAUUAUACUCAACCUGCCUAUUACCACCUCUCUGCGACAGGAUGAAGACAGACUUCCGGCGGAAACUAGUUGACACCAACCACCCUAGCCCAUCAACAGCAACAGGAACCGACUGUAGUCCUAUAACGACGAAGAGUGCGACG